AUGGAAUGGGAAACCGCUGUGAGACUCUAUCCAAAGCUCACCCUCAGCCUCCUCCCCACAGCUCACCCUCAGCCACCUCUCUUCAGCUCACCCUCAGCCUCCUCUCCACAGCUCACCCUCAGCCUCCUCUCCACAGCUCACCCUCAGCCUCCUCUCCACAGCUCACCCUCAGCCUCCUCUCCACAGCUCACCCUCAGCCUCCUCUCCACAGCUCACCCCCAGCCUCCUCUCCACAGCGCAACCUCAGCCUCCUCUCCACAGCGCAACCUCAGCCUCCUCUCCACAGCUCACCCUCAGCCUCCUCUCCACAGCUCACCCCCAGCCUCCUCUCCACAGCUCACCCCCAGCCUCCUCUCCACAGCUCACCCUCAGCCUCCUCUCCACAGCUCACCCUCAGCCUCCUCUCCACAGCUCACCCUCAGCCUCCUCUCCACAGCUCACCCUCAUCCUCCUCUCCACAGAUCACCCUCAGCCUCCUCUCCACAGCUCACCCUCAGCCUCCUCUCCACAGCUCACCCUCAGCCUCCUCUCCACAGCUCACCCCCAGCCUCCUCUCCACAGCGCAACCUCAGCCUCCUCUCCACAGCUCACCCUCAACCUCCUCUCCACAGCACAACCUCAGCCUCCUCUCCACAGUUCACCCUCAGCCUCCUCUCCACAGCUCCCCCCCAGCCUCCUCUACACAGCUCACCCUCAGCCUCCUCUCCACAGCUCACCCUCAGCCUCCUCUCCACAGCUCACCCUCAGCCUCCUCUCCACAGUUCACCCUCAGCCUCCUCUCCACAGCUCACCCCCAGCCUCCUCUCCACAGCUCACCCCCAGCCUCCUCUCCACAGCUCACUCCCAGCCUUCACUCCACAGCUCACCCUCAGCCUCCUCUCCACAGCUCACCCCCAGCCUCCUCUACAAAGCUCACCCUCAGCCUCCUCUACACAGCUCACCCUCAGCCUCCUCUCCACAGAACAACCUCAGCCUCCUCUCCACAGUUCACCCUCAGCCUCCUCUCCACAGCACAACCUCAGCCUCCUCUCCACAGUUCACCCUCAGCCUCCUCUCCACAGUUCACCCUCAGCCUCCUCUCCACAGCUCCCCCCCAGCCUCCUCUACACAGCUCACCCUCAGCCUCCUCUCCACAGCUCACCCUCAGCCUCCUCUCCACAGCUCACCCUCAGCCUCCUCUCCACAGUUCACCCUCAGCCUCCUCUCCACAGCUCACCCCCAGCCUCCUCUCCACAGCUCACCCCCAGCCUCCUCUACACAGCUCACCCUCAGCCUCCUCUCCACAGCUCACCCCCAGCCUCCUCUACACAGCUCACCCUCAGCCUCCUCUCCACAGCUCACCCUCAGCCUCCUCUCCACAGCUCACCCUCAGCCUCCUCUCCACAGUUCACCCUCAGCCUCCUCUCCACAGCUCACCCCCAGCCUCCUCUCCACAGCUCACCCCCAGCCUCCUCUACACAGCUCACCCUCAGCCUCCUCUACACAGCUCACCCUCAGCCUCCUCUCCACAGCUCACCCCCAGCCUCCUCUCCACAGCUCACCCUCAGCCUCCUCUCCACAGCUCACCCCCAGCCUCCUCUCCACAGCUCACCCUCAGCCUCCUCUCCACAGCUCACCCUCAGCCUUCUCUCCACCUUUCUAUUAUUAAAUACCACACCCUCUCCACACAGCAAGCAGGCAUGA